AUGUAUAUGGGCGCAUUUGUUGGUUUGGGCGGAAGCAUGUCCGGAUGGAUCAUCACCCGCAGGCGCACAACACGGCGGAAUCCCUUCCGCAAAAUGCUUGAUCCUCUUCGUGGACUCCUCAAUAAUGCGUGCAAGGCUGAUCUACCGUGUGCCAGUGCCACAGUAGUGAGUGCCACUUCGGAGCUGUUUCACCAUGAAACGGUGUCGAGGAAUGGCGAGAAUAAUGACACUACGAUACCGAAGUCGAGAAAGGGGUCACUGAAUCUCCAAGAUGCGUCCGCCAACGGCCAGGUCUUCUGGUUAGCCUCUUGCACGAAACUCAUUACGAGCAUUGCCUGUAUGCAACUAGUUGAGCAGGGAAAGCUCACACUUGACGACGGAGAUGAACUUGAAGGACUGUGUCCGGAGUUACGAGACAUCAAGGUCCUCAAUCGUGACGGAUCGACGUCGGAAAAGAACAAAAAGAUCACACUGAGGAUGUUGUUGACGCAUACUGCUGGUUUCGGAUACUCAUUUCUCAACUACAAGCUUGAGAAGUACAAUUAUAACGAGUUCUCUGGACUUGCCCAAGACUUCCAUCAACCACUAGUAAAUCAGCCGGGAGAACGAUUCGAAUACGGGAUUAGCAUAGACUGGGCGGGCAUUGCCGUGGAGCGUGCUACACAAUCCAGGCUCGGCGAUUAUAUGCAAAAGCACAUCUUCACGCCGGCAGGUAUCAAGGAGUUGUCUCUUGUUCCAUCAAAGGACAUGAGAGAUCGACUGGCCGGUAUCUGGCAGCGGGAUGCAAAUGGUCGCCUGAGUCCACGACUAUAUCCUCUUGACCGACCCUUGGCCCCGGAUCGGGCGUCUGAGACUUUCCAAAGCGGCGGCGCUGGCGUGUGGGGGACUACGCACGAGUAUAGCAGCAUGUGCCCAUGCCCUAACGUUUCAACAGAGCUCCUGAGGGUCCUGUUAAAUAAUGGAACCUCUCCCCUUACAGGCGAAGCAAUUCUCCGCCCCGAAACGGUCGACAUGAUGUUUGAGAACCAGCUGCCCAACGACCCCAACUUCGCUCGCGUUGAGCUCCCAGCAGUAGAGCCUGAGCUGGUUCAUCCGGCUAAGGAGCUUUAUCCGCUUUGCCCGGCAAGCGAGCCGCAGGGGUGGGGGCUCGGUUUUAUGAUCUCGGGCGGCGUGACUGGUCGUUCGAAUCAUACGGUCCAUUGGUCCGGUUUGUCCAACUGUUUCUGGUGGUGUGAUCGAGAAAAAGGGGUGGCGGGGAUAGUCGCGUCUCAGGUGCUUCCUUUUGCUGAUCUCAAGGCGGUACAGCUGUGGGCAGAUGUUGAGACUGCUACCUACAAUGAUCUUGCGGAAGGUUGA